AUGCAGAAAAACAAUACGUUAGAAAGAGACAGAAUUCAUUUCGGUAAAUAUGGCGACGUGAAGUGCAAAGUGGGGUCGGUGUACAACAAAAAUACAGACAUUUCCCGUAUUAUCUUCAAAUCUACAAUCAUGGAUUGAUUAAAAAGAUUUUCGUGUCCGUUUGUGCAGUGUCGUGCCGCGAUAGCAUGAGGGGUUCGGCAUAGGGAGUCGCGGACGUAAAAAAAUCCACCCUCUGGAGGUGCAAUUAGUGACAAUCGACGAUCUAAUAAGGGCAUGCAUCCUCGUCAUGGGUGCCCAGAAUACCAAGGAAAGAACUCUAACCGCUGGAACCCAUUCCAUUAGAACCACCAGGAGCAGACCCAGGCUAGCAAAAGAUGGACGGCAGCCCAUUUCCAACAUUUUCACCGAGCACAACGAAGCCCUGCUGCAAAGCCGCCCCUUGCCGCAUAUCCCAGCGCUGCCGACCGCCGGCGACCCAUCGGCAGCUGGUGGCUGUCCGAGCGGCACGACUCCCCUGGGGGACCCGGUCGCGCCAGGGUCUGCCCCCGCUACCCCCUUGGCCGCCCCCAUAACGUCGGGGGCGGCCUCAGGCGGUCAGCAGACCCAACCCUCCACGCCUGUCACCGCUUGCGCUACGGCGGCGCUCGUGGAAGCCGCCCACAGGUGGACCUCCAAGGAGAACCUGCUGGCUCAGGAGGAAGACGAUCCGCAGCUGUUUGUCGCCUUGUACGACUUCCAGGCGGGCGGCGAGAACCAGCUUUCGCUCAAGAAAGGCGAGCAAGUGAGGAUAUUGAGUUAUAACAAAAGCGGCGAGUGGUGCGAGGCCCAUUCUUCUUCGAACCAAGUCGGAUGGGUGCCCUCGAACUACGUGACUCCGGUCAAUUCGUUGGAGAAGCAUUCUUGGUAUCACGGACCCAUUGCUAGGAAUGCCGCCGAGUAUCUUUUAAGUUCAGGAAUUAAUGGUAGUUUUCUUGUAAGGGAGUCUGAAAGUAGUCCGGGUCAAAGAAGCAUAUCGUUAAGGUACGAAGGCAGGGUGUACCAUUAUAGAAUCAAUGAAGAUUCAGAAGGAAAAGUUUUCGUAACGGCGGAAAGUAAAUUUAAUACUCUAGCAGAACUAGUUCAUCACCAUUCAAUGUUAUCAGAUGGCCUGAUUACACAGUUAUUGUAUCCAGCACCCAAACAUAACAAACCUACCGUAUUCCCUUUGAGUCCUGAACCGGACGAAUGGGAAAUUGACAGGACUGACAUUGUGAUGAAACAUAAGUUAGGCGGUGGACAAUAUGGAGAUGUAUAUGAAGCUGUUUGGAAAAGGUACAAUAUGACUGUUGCUGUAAAAACUCUGAAAGAAGAUACCAUGGCGUUGAAAGACUUUUUGGAGGAAGCUGCAAUAAUGAAAGAAAUGAAGCAUCCGAAUCUAGUCCAGUUGAUGGGUGUUUGUACAAGGGAGCCCCCGUUCUACAUAAUAACUGAAUUCAUGAGCAAGGGUAACCUGUUGGAUUAUCUGCGAACGGGAAACAAGGAACAGAUCAACGCGGUGGUGUUGAUGUACAUCGCUACGCAGAUCGCGAGCGGGAUGAACUAUUUAGAAAGUAGAUGUUUUAUACAUAGAGACCUGGCCGCCAGAAAUUGUCUAGUGGGGGAAAAUCAUUUGGUUAAGGUUGCCGAUUUCGGAUUAGCAAGGUUGAUGAGGGACGACACGUACACUGCCCAUGCCGGUGCCAAAUUUCCAAUAAAAUGGACAGCCCCUGAAGGACUCGCAUAUAACAAAUUUUCUACCAAAUCUGACGUUUGGGCUUUUGGAAUUCUACUAUGGGAAAUCGCCACUUAUGGUAUGUCACCUUAUCCUGGUGUGGAUUUGACAGAUGUUUAUCACAUGCUAGAGAAAGGGUACCGAAUGGAGUGCCCUCCAGGCUGUCCACCUAAAAUCUACGAGCUGAUGCGGCAAUGUUGGCAGUGGCACGCGCACGAGCGACCUACCUUCAAGGAGAUCCAUCACGCGCUGGAGAACAUGUUCCAGGAGUCCAGCAUAACGGAAGAGGUAGAAAAGCAAUUGCUAGUGAACGAACCACCUCCGUUGCCGUUGGGAACCCCGCAUAUGGCGUUCAAGAAGUCGCAUUCGGGAAGUACCGGGAAUAUCCACGGCCUGGUAGGCAUCAUGGAUGUGAAUAGUUUAGAUAAUUUUAAUAGUACGUCAACGAAGUUGACGACGUUCACCGGAGGUGCCAAAAAUAGUAUGGUACAGAUGAGACGGACGACAAAUAAGAGAGGAAAGACUGCACCAGCACCGCCCAAACGUACUAGCUUGCUAUCGUCUUGCAGCUCGUUCAGGGACAGCACUUUUGACGACCAAGGGCAAUGCGAACCAGCCAACGAGGACUCGGCCGACCUAAACGGCAUGGCCUCUAACAUCCACCCAUUGACAGCCUCGACCAAAUGUGAUAGCGAGAGUGAUCUCCAUGACCAAACCCCUGAUACCGACGAUUCAGGGGCGUAUUCGUACCCGGAGGCAUCCAGUGGGUUCGGAACCAGCACUAGCUCCUUCAAAAGGGCUCCUAUAAUGGGCAACAGAGGCCUCGAGCAACGAGGCAAAAAAGGCAAAAAGGAAUCGCCGGCGGUGCAGGUAGCUGCUUUGGAGGUUCAAAAUGUCCGAAAAGCUAUAAGUAGGUAUGGUACUUUACCUAAAGGGGCCCGUAUCGGAGCAUAUUUAGAAUCUCUGAGGCAGAACAACAUGUCUGGCAAUGAGGAAACACCUCAACCGCAUACCACGGAACAUAGCGAGGUGACACCAAGGUCUUUGUCUCCAAGAACAAAUAUUCGAACUCAACCGCAAAUGAUAAGAAGCAAUUCAUCGAGCGGUGUGACUACCUUCCAUUCGGUUCAUCCGCCUAGUUCGCCGACGUCGACAAAAUUAGGAAGGAAUCGAAAUAUGACGAGAAAUAACUCGGACGUGAGGAGCAGUUUGCGAAGUUUCAAGGGAAAUCAGAGUGGUGCAUUUAGGGGAGGCAGUCCUUCGAGGAAUUGCAGGUCGGCGCAACCGACGCUGGCCGACCUCGAGUUCCCGCCGCCUCCGACGGACCUGCCGCCACCCCCGGAAGAGUUCGACAACUGCUCCGGAGUGGACCAAGUAGACUGCAGCACAUCCAUCAUGACCUCCUCGCAGGAGCUGAAGAAACGGAUCAUCCCCAUAUCUCCACUCACCACGAAGAAGAUCACCAGGGAGCCGAGCAGGGAACCGGACGCGAACGUCGAUGGGGCGGCGGAUGUCAGUACGUUGCAGCCUUCGGUCGAGGAGGCCAGUUCCAGAUUUGGAGUUAGCUUGAAGAAGAGGGAACCAAGUACAGACAGCGGAAGCAGCGCCAAAGACCCGAAGGGGGAAGAUGACAAGGAGCGCAGCCCUCAAAGGGUCAGCUUAAGCUUGACCAGUCCCAGUCAGGAAGGAAAGAGUCCGAUUAGCGCGGAUUCGGAUGCGUUGGGAUCACCAUCGGAACCGUUGCCUCCGCCUACACUUUCCGAAAAUGAGGCAGACGAUCCAGACUCUGAAGACAAUAAAACCUCAAAAGUGUUCAGAAAGAAGCUGGUAAUGAAAGAAAUGGAAUUAAAACUCGUGGCCGAAAUCAAAGAGCGAGCAGAUCAGAAAUUGGGCAAGAAGGAAUCUUCACCUGAACCCGCAUUGGCUGUGAGUGGCAUUUGCCACGACCCCGUUUCCCAAUUGGUCACUGAACUGUCUCAGGCUCUCAACGUGGAAAAGGAAGGGACCAGAAGCAAACUGAAAAAGGUGGAGACAAAGAAGGUCGCCAAAGAAAAAACCGAAGACGCUCCCGUCAUCAUAGACUUCAAGUCCCGUUUAAGGAAAGUAGAGAAAGACGAUAAGACUGAAGAAGAAUCUGACACUAACAAACGCGAAAGCACUGCGAGUUCCGACAGCGGAAACUUGAAAACGGAUGACUGUGAUGACAAAAGAAAAAGCACCGGGAGUAUAAGUAGUCUCAAGAAAUUUUGGGAGCCCGAGAAUAGCUCCAGCGUUCAGUUAAGUCCUAAGUUAUGCAUAAAAAACACCAAGAGCGAAGAGAUAGUAGAGACGAACUCUAUAGAAACCUCCGAUGAAUCGAUAAAGUUAGACAAAUCGAAUAAAAGCGAUAAAAAGACGUGGCCGCCUCAAGAGAAGGAAGACAAACCUGUCAUACCAACGAAACCUCCUGUCAAAGCUGUUAAGCCUAUAAUAAGCAGACCUGCAGGUUCAGCGAUUUACGCCACGCCCAUAGCGAGCAACGGUAGUCAAUCUAAACCUCCAAUAAUGGCGAAGCCGACCAACAUAGAAAACAAAACGCCAGAAGAGGAUCCUAAGGUCGCGAUAGGAGACAAGAAAGGCAGCAAGGACAACAUCUUGGAGAUCUCCCAAGCUUUAGAAACCACCUUGAACGGCAUCAAGAGCAACGCGACGGUCAGCACGGCGACUUGGUUGCAGCUCUCGGACAAAAUCGGUAUGCUACACGGGUCUUGCAUGGACUACGCGGACAACGUCGUUCCCGCUCACGCAAAGUUCCAUUUUCGCGAGUUGCUCACGAGGUUAGAGAGCCAAGCGAGGCAGUUAAGGUCGGCCGGAACGAGGAACUCCACCGAAAACUCCAGGUCUAUCAAUGAGGUCAAUAACACUAUCAAGGACGUUGUCAAUGUCGUGUUCAGGUAAAGUGUUGCGUGACGGUCGUCGCGGGGAAAUGUGCUGCAAGUUUCAUUCGUACACGAAUCUACUGAUCUAGGGUAUUCCAUUUCCUUCGAUAUGUACGGAUAGUGACAAAAGUUCAACUGAUGCAUAACCUGUGCUUGAAAUGUGCAGUUUUGCGUACCCUAGCUCAUUUGUUGUUUUUACUAAAUACGAAUUGGAGCAUUGGCAGAACAAAAAUUGAAAUGCAGGUUACUAAAAUUCAGUCAAUCUGGAAGUGUUCAAGCAAAUCAUGUUUCCGGCGACAGACGAGAGUCAUCUGCUGUCCGAGCUGAUUUAUACUUAGUUCACUGUAUGCAAGAUUGUGCACUUGCAGCACAUUUUGCUCGUGACGUGCUUCCAUCCUCAAUACAACUAAAGACUAGACACUUCAAAUAAUCCUAUACGCGCGUAUUUUGACUGUUAGGACCACUUAUGUAAUAUUUUACUCUGUAAGUUGUCAUAAUUGCAUUUAUUAGGACGGGAGAGAUGGAGAGAAAGAGAUGCACCUUGAUGUCGAGGAGCGGUAGGUUUGAAAUAUAAAUUGCUUUUUCGAGUUUUUCGUUUUUGUUUAAAAUAUUCGUAUAUCGCGGUUGUGUCGUUAAUCGAAUUUCCAUUUUGCAUCAUACGAACAGACCGGUAGCAAAUCCCACUUUUAUUUGUGCAUUAUAUCCACUUAGAUAUCUAUAUUGUCUAUAGCAAUAAAUAUCAUGAUUUUAUUUGACUUUCCAUAAAGUAUCCUCAAGUUUCUCUUGUUCUCUUGGACACUCUUUUUUGUCAUAUUGGUUAAAUGAUAGAUCCUCCGCACGAUGAACACUAAAAUCGCGCUUAUAUAACAACAUAAGCUAACAUGUUCAGUUCAUAAAAGUGUUAUCCAUUAUUUGAAAACAUGUUGUAACUGAAAUACACCUCUCAUCAGACCAAAUAGUGGAUAUUUUGUGGAAAGAGUUUUAUAGGAACAAUUUCUAAAGACCACAGCAUUAAGAAUAAACCGGUAGUGAGGACAAUAAUUUUUUAAGCAUCAUGAGCUGAAAAAAAAUCAAUUAUUCAACAUCAUAAAAUCCUUUGAAACAUCAUAAUUACAACAAAAUAUGCCUCCGCUUAAACAUUCUAAUUCAUAUAAUAACAAUAACCAUUUAUGUUAUUAAGUGGCCGUCCGACUGCUGAGCUAUUCUCAGUGCUGUAGGAGACAAUACAGCGUGAUUCGAAAAGCAAUGGUAAUAUUCUUAUAGCAAAAAGUACGUCCACAAAUAACAUAAAAAGUCCAUAUAGGCGUAAGUCCUGACAUGGCAAGUUAUUUGGGUACAGGGUGUUGUAACUUUAUAUGCCACUGAUGAGAUUCAUGCAUCGCAAGUAAAUGGAACCGUCACCAAUAUAUUAUUGGCACAAAGUCCUCACUAUGCACAUAUGCACUGCCAUUUCCUUCCAGCUAUAGUAUACAUUAUCUAACUUACACCUCCAAUAAUGCUAUCUCUGAAACAGAUGUUACAGCACAUCAAAACCAAAAAUUGACAGCUGAAGCAUCAUGACGUUUAGGCAACACGUACAACUACAAAACGAGUGUUCAUCAAGUGAACAACAACUAGUUCUGAAUUGACAUCUUGUAGAAAAACCUGCAUAAUGUCAAAAAAAAACAGACAUUGUCACUUUUCAAGAUUCGCAAUACCCCUGGCAGGUUGCUAGCUCGACGCGCAGACCACCGAGCUACCGAAGCUCCCAAAUAUAAUGUUAAACUUCACCAACUCCUGCAUACUUUCAAAGUAGAGUUUUUUGUAUUUAGUUUACCUCAAAUAUUCGAACCAAUGUUUCUUCAAAAAGAGAGGCUUUCACGUAGGAAAUAUUUUCCUUUUUUUAUCUGUAAGUAGCAAAAUAUCAGAGUUUUUAAGCCCCCCCAGCUUGUAUAUUGUAUAGCUGUUAUUAUAUGUACAAAAUUUUUGGUCGAUUAGAGAGCAUUUUAGGACCCAUGAUGAAUUUUCCUUGCUUUUUUUGAGCUACUUACCGUUUUGCAAAUAUUGCCACAGCCCUGUUUUUCGAAUAACCCUGUAUAUACUUUUACAAUUAAUAUCUUCAGUCCAGGAAAUAUCUUGCAAUAGGCGUUAACGAAUUAGCGAUUUAAUUUUAGAAUUAUCGUCGAUGUGUCACAUGAAACUCAUAUCCUAUGUUAUUUUCAUCAAACUGUGAUACCAUUUAUAUUGUUUGUUUAUGAUUUCGUGCUCAAUAUUGUAACUUAUUCCGAACUUAACUACUUGGUAAUUGCGUGCUUUUGUUCUUUGUAUACUCGUAUAUUCUACGAGGCCUGUGAGUAGUUGGUAUAAUCAAUUUUUUCUAUUGUACAGGUCAUUUAUAUCUCAUGAACCACGACCGUUACGUGAGGUGUGAAUAUGUCACACAAUUGUCUGUGUUCAAUGCUUUUUAGAAACGCUAGUACAUAAGUUGAAUUAACGAACGUAUUCAAUUUGCUUGAUCCCCAUGCGAAAUGCUCGCACCUUGCAAACGUUCAACAGGUGUCUAGAUCAAAUUUGACUUGCUUAUUUGCCGACCUUGAGAUCGCGACACUAUUCCACAGAUGGCGCCCUUUGCAGCCCUUUCCGGCUCAUGCACAGAUAAUAAUAAUGUUUAUUGGUCUAACUACAAAGUUUUCGUAUAAAUAAAAACGGCAGUGUCCAAUAAAUAUAAUACAUAUACCCAAAAAAGUGUACACUUGUGCUUGGGUUUUAACCGAACACUUGAAUUAUAUUAAUACAACAAAUUUCCUAUAAAUAUACUAGUCAAACAUAAAUUUUCAUCAAUUAUUAUCAAAUACAAUAUUGAUAAUUAAUCUCUACAAAAUUAUGGAUUUGUGUCAUUGGUUGAUUCAGGAUCCAUAACUUUAAUUCAAUCUUUAAACAUUUACUACAUUUUAUAUGUUUAAAGUUUGCAUCAAUAACAUAAAAUUUUUAGCAUAGAAAGUAGAAUGAUCCUUGGCUGAUAGUUUUAUUUAGUCCAGGAUUAGUGCAGAUGUUUCCUUGAAUCGCGUUUGAUGGUUGGAUGUUUUGUUGAAUAUUUUAUUGUAUGAUAAAGAUAUAUUUGACGGCAGCCGAAAAGCUGAGAUUCACUGAAAUAUUUUCUGUGGUAUAACAUUUAUUUUUGUUCAACAUAACCUUCAAAAUCUACUUCUACGUAAUUUAAUUUUUUUAUAAUAUUGUUCGCUUGUACAACUGCUAUUUGAUUUUCGGAAUAAGGUAUUUAAAUUUUCUUAUCAAAUUUUCAAUGUGCAAUUUCCACCUUAGAUGGUUAUCUAUGAAUACCGCUGAAUAUUUCAAGUUAUCAACCGAUUGUAUGUUUUUGCAUCUAUUCAACGUUUUAAUUUGGAGUUGAUUAAAAUUUGGGGAAGAUCUGUUGUCGCAAGAAAAUGUAACAAAAAAAUAUGUUUUGUUGAAAUCGUUUCCGUGAAAAAAUUUUUUGAAAAUUUAAUAUAAUUUUGUUUUGCAAAGAAGCCCAACCUUUGAGUAAAUAAUUGCCAUAUAGUCUGCGAAACCAAUAAUUUGUCCAUCGUUUUUUAACAUGAAAAGGUCAUUAAUAUGCGAAUUAAGCAGCAUUGGUCCUAAUACGGUUCCUUGUGAAAAUCCGCAUCUAACAGUCAUAUUUUCACUUAGUGUACUGUAAAUGUUCACACAUUGUUUUCUGUCUUCCAAAGAACUUUUCAUGAGUUGAUAAGUGGCUCUAUGAAAUCCUAAAUGUUCCAAGGUUUUUGAUCAUUUUUCCUAUCGAAUGCUUUGGCCAAGUCCACAAAAAGGCGUGCUGUUGAGUUAUUACUUGUAAAUUUUGGUUGUUGACUGAAUUAAGUGCAUCUUGAGUUGACUUUGCUUCCUGGAAUACAUAUUGCUGUUCAGAUAUGAGGUUAUAUUUAUUCUGUAAUAAAAUCUGAAAAGCGUUUUUCAAGAAUUCUUUAGAAUAUUUUUGAAAAGUGUCAAUACUGAAGUUGGACGAUAAUUACAAGGUGCCUAAUUAAAUGCAGGUUUCAUUAUUGCCUUUUUUAAUUUGGUCGGGAAUAUUCCUCUUUCUAUGCAGAUGUUUAUAUGCUAGUACUUUGAAAAUUUUAUAAUUUAUUUGUUUCAGAGUGUAUGCGGUUAUAUUAUCAAAACCCGGUGAUUAACUUUCAGUCCCUUUAUGAUAUGUUACAUUUCGUAUUGAUCGGCCGGUAUCAAAUAGAGGGAAUUUUGCAAUAUGGUUUUCGUAUAUAUAAGCUGUGUUUCAUGAAAUGUCUUUUGCCAGAUUGUCACCAAUUUUUCAAAAAAAAUAUUUACAAAAUUCGUUUUUUUUACGUUGGGUAUUUCUUGGCAUUUUUUUAGGAUGUUGCAUUUUUUUUCUAUGUAAUGCCACAUUUAGGUGUAUCAAUCAUCAAAUAGCUCUAAACUUGUUACUUAAACAAGCAGCUGAAUGACAUGUGAUUCCAAAAAGCCUGUAACCCACAAAUCAUCUUAUCGUAAUGCAGCUUGCACGGUUCACGAGAUAUUCACCUACACAAUGAACGUUUUCGAAGGAAUUUCGGAAGUGUGCAGAUAAAGCUACUUUUGUGCCAAAAUAUCAUUAUUUACUAUUGAUUACAAUUAAGCAGGCUGCUUAGACAUUUCGUGUUGUGUAACCAACAAAUAGCAAGGAACUCUUCUUACUUUACCGCGAUCAACGCAUUCGUUAUUUGUAUGUUAUUGCGCAAAAACCGUAAGGAUUUUCAAAUAGAUUUCCAUAUUAAAAAAAUUACAGCGGAGGUUUAUGCUUUUUUAUUCAAGUUUUAAAUACAAUGCAGUAUUUUUGUCCCAAAUAAUUCGUGUUUCAGAUAAUGCUUAACAAAACAGAACAACUUCUAGCAAAGGUUGAAAUGUAUUAAACUGGCUAUAAUAAUGAAAUAUCGCAAGCUAUGCUGUUGGUUAUCGUACACUUUUUGCUCUGCUAUGUUUCUGAUACUUAAAUCACAAAAGUAGUUGUUCUCAUUUUUAUUGAUAUUAUGCUAGUCUUUGUUUAUACAUAUUACUUUGGUGAGUGUGUAAAUGUAGCAAUAUAGUAUUAAGGGACGCUGACACAUACUAUACAGAUACAAUACAGAUAUAAUUAACUGUACGAUAUGAUAAAUUUUGUACAAUCCAAAGAUAAACCCAAAAUUAGUAGCUACAGUUUGCUUUAUUUUCCUUUGUUUAAUGUUAUCUAUUUAUUGAUUCGCUGUUGUACAUAUAUUUUGACAAUUUUGUUGUUGGUGGUAUUGUUUUAUUUAAACUGAAUUAUUGCAGUACCGAUCAUACACUUACAAUUUUACAUCAAAUCAAUUUGUCCUUGUUUGUAGAGACUACGUAAAACAUGAACAUAUUUAAUGUAACUCUGAAACUUUCAUCAACAAUUCCCUUUUUUAAACGUGAUUAUAAUUAAUUAUUGCUUAGAUUGACUAAAAGGAAUUACGAAUUGUCUAAAAUUUAUAUUCUCAUGAUUGGUGCUGCAAGUGUAAGUUGAAUUCCUAUUAUUUGCUGAGCAAGCUCAUAUAAUCUAUGUAUGAAUGAAGAAGCUAUAGAACAUGCUUUAUGAAUGUGCGUUAUUAAAAUCUUAUCACAACGAUAACAUACUCACUAUUAUACUGGCGUGAAAUAUGUGUUAAAUUUUCACUCAACCGAUUUUGUACCUACGUAGUGUUUACGUUUUCUACUGAUCAAUGUUAGUAUUGAAUAGCAAGUUUGUGUUGCCUUCAAAAGCAUUGUAAUUUUGACUACAGCAUUGGUAGGGAGGAGAACCUACAAAUUGUCAGCAAUACUAUGAAUGGUUAUGAGAAUUGAACUCUAUAUGUGGAUUAUAUCUGAAAGUAAAAAUUAAUUCAACCCGAAGAAAUCUUUUAUCUUGUUCCCAGAACUGUUUUGAAGUGUUUGUAAUUGAAAUUCUCUUUCCGUUUUCCAUGUGCGUAUCUUAAUAUAAUAGAACAUCAAACGGUUAUCACAAUAACUACUUUGAUCAGUUCACUAUUUUUUCCUAGCUUGCACUAUACAAUUCUCUCGUUUCAUUUAGCUAAUUAUGUUUGUUUUGAAUGCGGUUCUUAGUUUCCUAUGGCGAAUGCGGAGGUAUACAAAAAGGUAAUUUUCUGUACCUUAACAAAAGUGUUGUAGAGUUGACGUAUAUCUCAUACAUAAAUUGAUUGUGCCAUUUUAUGCACGUUUAAAAUUUCUUUUUGAAAAUGAUUUAUCUGUACCGCAUGACAAAAUGACUCUUAAAACUACUUUUCUAGUUAAGGUACCUAGUUUCCUUUAUUAAAUUUUGUGAUUCAAGUGUGUGAACACAAUUAGUCUAGAUUUUUUUGUAUGUAAGUGAUUCAACUAGCCUUUUUAUAUUUUUUGUAUAUAUAUUUAUACUUAAACUGCAUUUUUGUACAGGCUUUUUAGAUAGGGAAUAACAGACUGUAUCUAUUUAAAAGUAAAUUUGCUAAUAACUG